CUCAACUCUCAACUCUCCCAACUACUGCGCCUAAAUUCUCUCGAUGCGUGUUGCUUCCAAGCAAGCCUACAUCUGCCGCGAUUGCGGGUAUAUCUACAAUGACAGAACACCUUUUGAGAAACUGGCUGAUAACUAUUCUGCCCCUGUAUGUGGUGCCCCAAAAAGGAGAUUCAGGCCAUAUGCGCCAGAUGUUUCUAAAAAUGCAAACAGCACAGAUGUUCGAAAAGCCAGGAAAGAACAGAUUAAGAGAGACGAAGCUAUCGGGCAGGCAUUGCCCUUCGCAAUAGCACUUGGAGCGGCAGCAUUGAUUGCCCUAUAUUUCUACCUCAACACCCACAUCUACGUUAAUAGGAUAACUAUCAUUAUGGAUCUUCUAUAA